AUGAAGACCAUUAGUGACCCAGCAGUAACAGUUCCCAAAACAAGAAAAGAAUUCAUUGAUGCUGAUUGCAAGGCCAUAGAGAAGAACUUCCGAGCAAAGAAAAUUCUUAUCUGUGAUAUUGGACAAGAUGAAUACAACAGGAUCUCAGCAUGUCAAUCUCCUAAGGUGAUUUGGGAAGCUCUCCAAACAUCUCAUGAAGGGACAACUCAAGUCAAGCAGUCAAAGAUUGACAUGCUUACCACAGAGUACGAGCUCUUCAGGAUGAAGGACGACGAGUCCAUCCAGGACAUGCACACUCGCUUCACCUCCAUCAUCAAUAAGCUCCAUUCUCUGGGAGAAAUCAUUCCAAGGAAUAAACUUGUCAGGAAAAUACUGAGUGUAUUACCCAGUUCCUGA